CCCGCCAUUAUCCAAGUCUGACACGUAAGGGCAAGUUCCUGGCUCAUCUGAAAAUACGUUGAAGUGUCCGUAAAUUGACGUGUUAUUAGUACCUGAUUAAAGAAAGGAAAACAAAUCGCCAUGCAGACUGUCCGACCUUGCGGAUGCAAAGGUGUACGCUCUUGUUUAAUUUGCGAAGAAGAGUAUAAAAUAAUCAGGAAGGAGGAGACGACAAGCAUAUUACAGAAAAGCAAAAGUUACGUUUAUUGUCCAUAUUGUGAUAAGUUAUCACCUGGAUGGGAUGUAGAUGAGUACAAGAAACAUCCUUACCACGAUGGGAACUCGAUUGAUUAUCCUGGCGUUUACAUCAAGCUAGAUUUCUUAAACGAAGAUGAAGCAAAAGGAUUGAUGAAGGCGCUUGAUCAUCUCCCUUGGCAAGCUUCACAAAGCGGCAGAAGAAAGCAGAACUUUGGACCGAAAUGCAACUUCAAGAAGAGGAAAUUACAAUUGGGGACAUUCGAUGGUUUUCCUAAAACGACACAGUUUGUACAGACGAAAUUCGGGCAAGUGCCACUGUUGCGCGAUUUCAACACUGUCGAGCAAUGUUCAUUGGAAUAUGACCCUGUACGAGGCGCUUCUAUCGAUCCUCACAUCGACGACUGCUGGAUCUGGGGAGAACGUAUAGUGACUGUGAACGUUCUCGGUGAUUCCGUUCUGACAAUGACUCCUUAUCGCGGCCAGAUAAACCGAUAUAACUUGGAUUGCGUCCCUAAUUAUAAUAGUUCCGUUCUAAAAGACGAUGUUUGCAACAACACGCAAGCUGCACAUAUCGAUGAUGACGUGGUGGUUCGAUUGCCGAUGCCUGCUGGAUCACUCAUGAUUUUAUACGGUCCUGCAAGGUAUAAAUGGGAGCAUUCUGUGCUUCGAGAGGACGUCGUGUCGAGGCGCGUUUGCCUCGCGUAUCGUGAAUUAACACCCCCGUACCUUGAAAAUGGAGAAAAUCGUGAAGAAGCCUCCGAGAUCUUGAGGCAAGCUACAUUCUUCUGGUGACGUCAGUAUAAUAUGAAGUAAAUUUAAAUAUAUUUAUCUAAUAAGUCACUUGUUACACACAGUGUAACACUAUUCUAGAAUUCAAACUCUCCUUUCAGAAAAAAACUAUAGAAACAUAAUUGUAAUAAUAAAUUGGAAAAAUUCCUUAAUAGAAUAAAGAUAUUUUAUUUGUAACAUAAAUAUACAAUAUAUUAAUAAUAACGUACAGUAUUGGCAACGGUUUUUUCUACAACAACUCUCGCUUGGUAAUCUUUCAAAUGUGAAUAUCUUCUGUACAUAUGGCAAAGACUCUCUUUAAAAUAUUAAUUGACACAUCCUUUUGAAUACUAAAAUACCCGUACAAAUCACUCAUAAGAAACAGAAUCGGAAAGUACAUACGUAUAGCGCCAAGAAACUAUAUAAUUUAUGAAUUAUAAAUCACUACACUUAUUUUUGGUUAAGUAUUGUUUCCUCUUAUAUUAUCCGGCAAGAGCUCACUGAAUGAAAAUGAAUAAGGCGGUCGGAAAUCUUAAAUAUCCAUUCUCGUAGGAUGCUUCGUAACG